UUCCCUCGAAACGGGCAUCACCAACUUGAUUUGAGCUUAGGAAAUCCAUAACACCGAGUCGCAAGUGCUGCAGAGAUAAUCCAUUCCCUCUUCUCCUGACUUCUUGCCCACCUUCCAACAAGUCCUCACAAGAUGCGUUUCGCUCCCAUCGUUCUGGCACUGCCCGCCAUGGCAGCUGCCCAACAGCAGUUCCCUCUCCUCGACCAGGCAAAGGGCUGGAUCAACAACUUCAUCGGCGCCGCUACCUCGAACGUCAACUCGGCCAGCUCAGCAGCAGCCUCGGCCGCAUCUGGUGUCCCCAACCCCGUCAACGCCGCCGCUGGCAAGGUCGAGCAGCUCGCCGUCACUCAGCUGACCAAGGAGAACUACGCCCAGGUCCUGAAGCCUGGCGCCGCUACUGCCAGCCCUGGUAUUGAGGACUGGAUGGUCUACACCACUGGCGGCAACCGCACCUGCUUCGGCAUGUGUGUUCGCUCUGAUCAGGAAUGGUCCAAGGCUGUUUCACUCUUCUCCGCUGUCCCCAGCGCUCCUCAGCUCGCUCGUCUGGACUGUGAGCAGGAACCUCAACUCUGUAACGCUUGGGGUGCCGGCGCUCCCAGCAUCAUCUACAUGCAGCUUCCCCAGCCUCUUCCCGAUCAAACCACUCCCGCUACUACCGUCUACUUCUUGCCCCUGAACCGUACCACCGUCUCCGCUCAGGACAUCGUCUCCAUCGCUACCGACAAGACUUUCAAGGAAAAGACUCCCUACGAGGGCUUCUUCCACCCCUUUGAUGGUAUGCUUGCUAAGACUGGUCUUGCCGUUCCUUUCGGUUGGGUCGUCUACGGUUUCUCCAUCAUGCCCAGCUGGGCUUUGAUGAUUGGCAUUUCCUUCUUUUCCAGAACCUUCAUGAGCAAGAGAAUGGGUCCUCAGGGAGGCGCUGCCCCCAGACCUGCUGCCCCUGCCGGCCGUACCCAGUAAACGCCAAACUCGAUCCGACGAUGCAUCUCUCCAACCAGAAGGGGAUGAUCAGUAUAUAAAAGAUUGCGAACAACAACGGGAAAUCACGAGUUCAACAAGAUGGGGAGGAAAAGUGUAACAAGUUGCGGUUUGGAUCACCACUCGACUCCAGCAGGACAAGUUCUACACCGAAGCGCUUUUUUACGAAAUGUUGUUUUUAUAGCAAAUAGUAUCAUCCCUGUAUUUGCCCCAGACUAAUAAUACCUGGCCUCUCGCGGUCCUUUCCAACUUUGAAACGCCU